AUGGCGGAGAAGGGCGGUGGCGGCAGCUGCCAGCCGGGGCAGGCCUCAGCGCCGGGCGGUGGUGGCGACACCUCCCUCCUCAGCAGCGCCACAACGUGGCUCUUGAAGCGCUACGGCCGCUUCCUACCCCCGACAGACUGCGACUAUGAAGGGCAAAACACCUCCUCUUGGAAGGUUUUUGAAUCAAAUGAAGAAUCAGGCUCUCUUAUCCUCACCAUUGUUGUAUCUGGCCAUUUCUUUAUUUCCCAAGGGCGAACAGUACUGGAAGGCUUUUCAUUAAUUGAUUCCUGCAAGUGGCUAAAGAUAGUAAGAAGAGCAGACUGCCUGCUGCUUUGUGCACGGUCAAAGAAUGAAUGCCGCAUGUUACGUGUUCAGUUUGGUGGAGAUUCAAAAGAACAGAUGCUGGAACACUGCUGCAAUUGCGUUCAGAAACUCACAGAGUACGUACCUGUUGAAGUAACUGAUGAACAAAGCCAGAAGCUCUACCACAGUCUCAGUCAGCAGGCUAAUGGUGAAAGUCAACCAGAUGAGCCUCUACCAGAUUCCUGUACAAGCCUCGGAAAAAGAAGACCUGUAACACAGCUAGCGCAGUCUGUGCUGGAACAGCAGCCGGAGCUCCCCGCUGCCCAUUGGCAUUCCGCGUGGCGUGCGCAAGAGCUGGGGCCCUUCAUUCGCUUAUGUCUUUUGGAUCAGAAUUUCCCAGCUUUCGUGGAAGACGUGGAGAAGGAAUUGAAAAAACUCACAGAAGGCUGAGAAACACCAGCUUAUUGCCCCAGGAACAGACACUCCGGGAUGCCAAGCACUAA